GACACCGAUACUUGUAGUGUCACAGAGAAUUCCCGAGCGUAAUGGACUCCUCGUUGGAGCCUUACUUUCAAUUCAAUAAAGGUCUACUGUUAAUAAUGGGAAGAUGGCCGUAUCAGUCAAAAUUACAAAAAAAAAUUUUGCCAAUAUAUCAUUUGGGAAUGUUGGCAAGUUCUGUCUUCUUCCAGGGAUGUAAAGUAUUCGAAGAAUGGACUUUCAAUAAUUGGUUACACUGUCUGACACCAUUUCUUACUCAAACCGGGUCCGCUUUGAAACUCGUUACACACGUUAUAAAACACCAACAGAUAAUGGCAAUGUUUAACUCGAUACAAAAAGACUGGAAAAAUUUACGUUUCCGUGAAGAGCGUGAAAUGAUGAUAAAUCGCCUAGAGAGUGCAAGAAUCGUCUCCAUAUUGUAUGCGUUGUUGUUGGGCCUCGCAGCAUUUUCGUACACACUUUUACCAAUAGUUCCAUUUUUUCUGGAUUUAAUUGAUCCUCUCAACGAAUCUCGUCCAAUACACCAAGUGUUUCCUGUCCAAUAUUUUGUGGAUGAUAAAAAAUAUUUUUUUCACAUUUUCGCCCAUCAAGAACUAGCAGUAGUUACUCUUUACUUCAGCAUUAUGGCCUUUGACGUAACGUACAUAUUUUUAGCACAAUACGUAUGUGGGAUGUUUGCAAUCACAGGGUACCGAUUAGAUAAGUUAAUUGGUAUAUGCUCGAAAGAAGAGGAUCCGACGUCUUUGGAAAUAGUGGACAAUGACUUGGUUUAUCAAGAGCUCGGUUCCUGUAUCGAACAACAUUUAAAAGCAAUCGAAUUCACCUCGUACUUUCAAGAAGCUCACUCGUCGAUGCUAUUUAUCCUUCUUGGGAUUAAUUUAUUCAAUUUGAGCACCACCGGUGUCGAGAUAGUAGCAAACUUGGACAAUUUACGAGAAAUAAUCAGACAUGCGGUUGUAGCCGUGGGAGAAUUGACGCAUUUGUUUACCCUCAGUUUACCUGGCCAAAGAAUCAUGGACGAAAGUCUCGCCAUACAAACGGAAUUGUACUCCAUGGAAUGGUACCGGUUGCCCUUAAAAGCUAAAAAGAUGCAAAUUUUAAUGAUGAUGAGAAGUGCACGACCUUGCACCAUUUCAGCUGGGAGCCAUUUUACAAUGUGCUUAGAAAAGUUCAGUUCGGUUGCUCAACUGGCCUUUUCAUACUUCACCGUUCUGGCGUCCCUGCAAUAAUCGUCAACGACAUAAUUUACCGAUAAAUUGAAGAUCUACGAAAACAAUUUGAACAUUAGAAUUUUUCGUGGCACCGAUAUCCCAGCACUGUACCAAGUACCGACAACGAAACUCCCUCCGACAUCUUUUAACUUCAUCCUUGCAAGUAACAAAUACAUCAUAGAGCCUUGCAAAAAAAUGCAUGGAAAUAUUCACGUA